AUGAAGUCCAUCAAGUCCCUGAGGCAGGCUGGCAUCACGGCGGCUUUCUUCACUGGACAAACGGUUUGGUUCCAGUUCCCCAAACCCCAGCCUCUGGAGAACCUCAGCUUGGAUGAUGAAAACAUAAUGAGAAAACUUGACUGCGACGUGGUUUCGCCGAAGGAACCAGUUGCGGAUGUGAUCCUGGCCGACAUCGAGGCCCUGGUGCCCACUCACGACGAGGCCGGUCGCCCCAUUGCUGAGUGGAAACGUCAGGUGAUGGUGAGACAGAUGCAGACCCGACUACAGGAUGAGGAGGACCAGAGGAGAAAGGACCUGGCAAAUGAAGGCCCACGUAUGGACAGCUGGAAGUUCUCCCAGACCCAUAAUGCUGUCUUGGGGCCCUUUGGAGAGCUUCUAACUGAAAAUGACCUGGUGUAUCUCCAACAGCAGAUUGACAACGUGUCCCUCCAGAAGCGUCAACAGGCCUACGAGCUGGAGCUGACCAGGUUAAUGGAAGAACUGAGGUCUAUGUUACCAGAUCAGAUUGUGAACAUCUCCCUGAACAAAGAGGCUCUGCAGCAGAUCGAUGAGCAGGGGUGCCGAUCACUACCAGUCUGCUGUAGCCGAGUCUCAGAGAUAGUCAGGACUAUGUCGCUGUUGGUGGCCAACCUGAACCAGACCACUGAAAAUGGAGUUGAGGGGACCAUUACAGUGUCCAGUUUUGGUCGUCGCUUGGACAGCAACAGGGAACGGGUGGAGAAAGAGAUUCGUCAGUCCGGGGUGUCUGUCAGAAUCCUCAGAGCCAACUUUGAGGGUCAGAUUGGUGGCAUUUAUCCCUUUGCCGGGGUGGUUCCAGGUAGCCAGGACUUGAAGAACCAAUUAGUAUCUGGAUCGUCAGGGAUGAACAAGCUAAAUGGUAACACAAGGUUCAGUGGAGAUCCUAUCAAGCAUUCACCCGUGAUAGAGACCACUAGUCUAAGGAAAGAGCGCAUUGUAGUUCUGUUCCUGAGCCACUGGAAGAAGUCGGCUUACGCUAUUUCUUUGCGGGCAGCCAUGCGGGAUGCAAAAUCGGAACAAGGCCAUCAGAGAAUCCCAUCCUUGUUUCAGUUCUGCCAAAAGCGUGGCGCGGUGGACAAGAUGUUAACCUCCUGGAGGAAUAAACUCCAGCUCCGCGGUGCUCCAACAUCCCAUUUGGCAUUGUCCCAAAUUCAACUGGCUGCGUACUCUCCAGAGCAAUUCCUACUCGAGGUGGAUGGAGCGGUUGUGAGCCACGAUUGCUUGACGUUGGACCUCUUCAUGCUGGGAUACUUCCACAUUUUGGAGCAGGAGUUGUCACCAGUUGAGAGGAAGAUGAGGCAUCUGCUCUGCUUCGAAGUCUUUGACCACGUGGGGAGUUUCCCCUGGGAGAUGGUGAGGAAAUUCCACAAGGUUGUUCUCCAGGAAAUCAGAGCCGGGAAGCGACAUUGGAGUGAUGGCUUCGAUGACAUCAAACUUCGCUUCUUUGGUCAGUCGGAACCAAAGUCAGAUUCCGGGCCAGUGCCUUCGCUUGCAGUUCAGAGUGCUUCAUUGGAUGAGGGCGGCAGAGGUACGGACUUGUCCUGCUUCAACAAUGAGGAUAUUUGUCAAUUUAUUGAUCGCAGCUUUGCUUUCUGGAAGGAGAAGGAAGCGGAAAUCUUUGAUUUUGAAAAGUAGCCUCAUUCUAAAACCUCAUCGUGCGCUGAAUGUGGUUAUUUAACAUGAGCUGAAAAGUGACUUUUAAAGAACAUCAUAGACAUUUUAUCACCAGUGCAGCACAGGGAAAUUAGUGGUUACAAUUUCUGUCUCACAGUCGAGAAUAAUAGGUUUCAAUCUCCACAUCACACCUAUGGACAAUUUAGAGUCUCCAUUGAAGCUAACAUAUGUUUUUGGAAUGAGGGAGGAAGCCGCAGUGCCCAGAGAAAACCCAUAAGAUUCCACCCCUUGAACCUUGACUGUGAGGCAGCUGUGCUCACCACUAGGUUCCAUCCAUCCAUCCAUCCAU